AUGAGCACCCCCAGCAUCCAUCAAGUUAUAGAGAUGAUGAUUACCGUCGUGGAUUGUAUUGCCAGAUGUGAAGAUGAUCUCAGCUAUCACAUCAAACUGAGUAAAAAGGUAGAGUCCGGUCGCUUUAGCUCGAUUGAUUAUCAAGAACUCAUGACCGAGAGGAUCAACAUGGGCCUAAUCCUGCCUACGGGCGAGUUUGGUGCUGGAAGCACAUAUGUAGACCGGGUAAUGAAGAUGAUUAAGCAAGUCAUCCUAGCUAAGCAAAAUCUCGUUAAGCUUUAUAAAGAGCAGUAUGCGCUUCUGGACAUGCGACUCAAGGCUUUGAAAGGGGAAAUGGUGAGAAACACACCAAAGAGAUAUGAAAAGAGUUUUCAUUGA